GGGCAGCAACUUUCUCCUCCCUAAAUCUAGGGGAGGCCUUCCAGCAUCUGGGAAAUCAUUGAAAGGGGCUGAACCUGGAGGGAGGCAAGUUAAAAACGGACCGUGGGCCCCAGAACACCAGCCUCGGCACCGGCAGGCACCUCUGAAGACCCUUCCUUCCUGCCAUGAUGUGGAGGUUCCGUCUGGCCCAAGGGGGCCUGAGGCUCCUGACUGUCCGACGUGCCUACAGCUCCAAAAGCAGCCACUACCCCGAGUACAAGCCCAUCAAGAAAGUCAUGGUGGCCAACCGAGGUGAGAUUGCGAUUCGAGUGUUCCGGGCCUGCACGGAGCUCGGCAUCCGCACUGUGGCCGUGUACUCGGAGCAGGACAUCGGGCAGAUGCACCGGCAGAAGGCCGACGAGGCGUACCUCAUCGGCCGGGGGCUGGCGCCCGUGCAGGCCUACCUGGACAUCCCCGACAUCAUCAAAGUGGCCAAGGAGAACCACGUGGACGCCGUCCACCCCGGCUACGGCUUCCUGUCGGAGCGCGCCGACUUUGCCCAGGCCUGCCAGGACGCCGGCAUCAAGUUCAUUGGCCCCAGCCCCGAAGUGGUGCGCAAGAUGGGGGACAAGGUGGAGGCCCGUGCCAUCGCCAUCGCCGCAGGUGUCCCCGUGGUUCCCGGCACCGACAACCCCAUCUCUUCCUUGAACGAGGCCCGGGAGUUCUGCAACACCUACGGCCUCCCCAUCAUCUUCAAGGCCGCCUACGGGGGCGGGGGGCGCGGCAUGAGGGUCGUGCACAGCUUCGAGGAAGUGGAAGAGAACUACAACCGCGCCUACUCGGAGGCCCUGGCCGCCUUCGGCAACGGGACGCUGUUCGUGGAGAAGUUCAUCGAGAAGCCGCGUCACAUCGAGGUGCAGAUCCUGGGCGAUCAGUUUGGGAACGUACUGCACCUCUACGAGCGCGACUGCUCCAUCCAGCGCCGGCACCAGAAGGUGGUGGAGAUCGCCCCGGCCACCCACUUGGACCCCCAGCUCCGGAGCCGCCUGACCAGUGAUUCGGUCAAACUGGCCAAGCAGGUGGGCUAUGAGAACGCUGGCACGGUGGAGUUCCUCAUAGACAAGUACGGCAAACACUAUUUCAUCGAGGUCAAUUCUCGACUGCAAGUGGAGCACACGGUCACCGAGGAGAUCACCAACGUAGACCUCGUCCACGCCCAGAUCCACGUGGCCGAGGGCCGCAGCCUGCCUGACAUGGGCCUCCGGCAGGAGAACAUCCGCAUCAACGGCUGUGCCAUCCAGUGCCGGGUCACCACGGAGGACCCAGCCCGAGGCUUCCAGCCGGCCGGCCGGAUUGAGGUGUUCCGCAGCGGCGAGGGCAUGGGCAUCCGCCUGGACAACGCCUCGGCCUUCCAGGGGGCACUCAUCUCCCCGCACUAUGACUCCCUCUUGGUCAAAGUCAUCGCCCACGGCAAGGACCACCCCACGGCUGCCACCAAGAUGAGCCGGGCGCUGGCCGAGUUCCGCGUUCGAGGAGUGAAGACCAACAUCCCCUUCCUGCAGAACGUCCUCAACAACCAGCAGUUCCUGGCGGGCACCGUGGACACCCAGUUCAUCGACGAGAACCCCGAGCUCUUCCAGCUGCGGCCCGUGCAGAACCGGGCCCAGAAGCUGCUGCACUACCUGGGUCACGUCAUGGUGAACGGUCCUCAGACUCCGAUCGCUACCAAGGCUACCCCGAGCCCCAUCGAUCCCAUCAUCCCCCCCGUGCCCAUGGGGCCGCCUCCGGCGGGGUUCAGGGACAUCUUGCUGCGGGAGGGGCCGGAGGGCUUCGCGCGCGCCGUGCGGAACCACAAAGGGCUGCUCUUGAUGGACACGACCUUCCGCGACGCCCACCAGUCCCUGCUGGCCACACGCGUCCGGACCUACGACCUCAAGAAGAUCUCCCCUUAUGUCGCCCACAGUUUUAACAACCUCUUCAGUGUGGAGAACUGGGGGGGGGCCCGUCGCGUUUCCCAUGCCCCUGUAAUUUGGGGGCCCUUACAGGAGCUCAGGGAGCUCAUCCCCAACAUCCCCUUCCCCCCACCCCACACCAACACCCCACAAGGGUCUUGUUGCCCCCCCAUGGAAGGUCAAACUGGGCAACUGGGGCUGAGCUGCCUGGGAGUUAUAAAGGCAAACCUAAAGGGGGGUGAGGGCCCGUGGGAACGGGGGAGGAGAAGGGGGCCCCCCCCCUCAGCCCCUGCGCCCCCCCCCCCCAGGUUCUGCGAGGUGGCCAAGGAGAACGGGAUGGACGUGUUCCGCAUCUUUGACUCCCUCAACUACCUGCCCAACCUUCUGCUGGGCAUCGAGGCGGUGGGCAGCGCGGGGGGUGUGGUGGAAGCCGCCAUCUCCUACACGGGCGACGUGGCCGACCCCAGCCGCACCAAGUACUCCCUGAAGUACUACACGGACCUGGCAGAGCAGCUGGUGCGGGCGGGCAUCCACAUCCUGUGCAUCAAGGACAUGGCUGGCCUCCUGAAGCCGGCGGCCUGCACCAUGCUGGUGGGCGCGCUCCGCGACCGCUUCCCGGACCUCCCCCUGCACAUCCACACCCACGACACGGCGGGCUCGGGCGUGGCCAACAUGCUGGCCUGCGCCCAGGCCGGGGCCGACGUGGUGGACGUGGCGGUCGACUCCAUGUCGGGGAUCACCUCCCAGCCCAGCAUGGGGGCCCUGGUGGCCUGCACCAAGGGGACCCCGCUCGACACAGGGGUGCCUCUGGAGCGGGUGUUCGACUACAGCGAGUACUGGGAGGGGGCCCGCGGCCUGUACGCGCCCUUCGACUGCACGGCCACCAUGAAGUCGGGGAACUCGGAUGUGUACGAGAACGAGAUCCCGGGGGGCCAGUACACGAACCUGCACUUCCAGGCCCACAGCAUGGGGCUCGGCUCCAAGUUCAAGGAGGUGAAGAAGGCCUAUGUGGAGGCCAACCAGAUGCUGGGGGACCUCAUCAAGGUGACGCCCUCUUCCAAGAUCGUGGGGGACCUGGCCCAGUUCAUGGUGCAGAACGGGCUGAGCCGGGCCGAUGCCGAGGAGGGCGCCGAGGAGCUGUCCUUCCCGCGCUCGGUGGUGGAGUUCCUGCAGGGCUACAUCGGCGUCCCCUACGGGGGCUUCCCCGAGCCCUUCCGGACUAAGGUGCUGAAGGACCUGCCCCGGGUGGAGGGCCGGCCGGGCGCCACGCUGCCCUCCCUGGACCUGGGGGCCCUGGAGAAGGAGCUGGAGGAGCGGCACGGGGAGGAGAUGACGCCAGAGGACGUGCUCUCGGCCGCCAUGUACCCCGACGUCUUCCAGCAGUUCAAGGACUUCACCCACACCUUCGGGCCCCUCGAGUGCCUCGACACGCGCCUCUUCCUGCAGGGGCCCAAGAUCGCCGAGGAGUUUGAGGUGGAACUGGAGCGGGGCAAAACCCUGCAUAUCAAGGCCCUGGCCAUGGGGGCCCUGAACCGGGCGGGGCAGAGGCAGGUGUUCUUCGAGCUCAACGGCCAGGUGCGCUCCAUCCUCGUCAAGGACACCCAGGCCAUGAAGGAGAUGCAUUUCCACCCCAAGGCCCUAAAGGACGUCAAGGGCCAGAUCGGGGCCCCGAUGCCCGGCAAGGUGAUCGACAUCAAAGUGAAGGAGGGGGCCAAGGUGAGCAAGGGCCAGCCACUGUGUGUGCUGAGCGCCAUGAAGAUGGAGACUGUGGUGACGGCGCCCAUAGAGGGCACCGUCCGCAAGGUCCACGUGACCCGAGAAAUGACCCUGGAGGGGGACGACCUCAUCUUGGAGAUCGAGUGACCCGCUUCCUCCCUCGUCCCCAGUGCCUUAGCAUUGGAGGCCCGCUCUCCCCCUGGUUCUUUCGCAGACGCCGCCGCCCGGGAGACCCGGGCUGCGGGAAGGGGCAGCUUGCGGCCCAUCGUGGCCACCCCGGGGACCAGCUGCUCACGGUCAGGGGACCGAGAGAGGGCCCCCCCCCCCGCCUUCCCCGCCACGUGCAGGACGCGUUUCUUUGCCAAAUGGGUGCCCUCUUUCUCCGGGGGGAGUGGGGGUCCAGGCCAGGAGGAUUGGGGGGACGAGAGACCGCCUCGUCUCAGCCUCGAGAGACUCACUCAAUAAAGCCGACUGUCAUCUC